UUUGAACAUGGGGGUUUCGGCUUCCGUCAGAGGAGGCGGCGAUUCUUCCGACUUUUGGGGCCGCAAGUUCUAAGGAUCCGAGAUUUUCUUCCAAUUUUCGGAAAUCCAGAAAGAAACCGAGAAUCUGCAAAGCUUUCAUUUCUUGAAGCGGACAGCUGAACGUUUCUUUCGAACGCAUCAGCUCCUGGAGACUCCGAUUCAUUCCAAACCAAAUAUUCUGGACUUAGAUGAUGAAGUUUCAGUUCUGCCGUUGAAGAAAAGGACUCCUCAUUUUCCGAGAGUAGUAGACGUGCAAUCUCGAAUUCCAUCUGCAGGCUUCAGGCAUCAUGGAGAUUGAUGAUGAGAAUUCAAUUACUAAUUCAGUUUCAGAAAUUCUCGAUGCUGCUAUUAGUGAUAGCCAUGCUGAAGCAACAAUUGAUGCUAGUCAAGUUCUGCCUCUUCAAACAACUAAUUCAGUUUCACCCAUUAUUGCACCUCCGAUUGUGCCCUCUAUUGCCUCUACUCCCCCUCCUUUGGCCCCUCUACCGCCACGUCCACCUGUCCUUAGACCACCCCAACCUCAAAAUGGAGAAAUUGACUCAGAUUCAGAGCAUGAUAAUUCAGUUCCAGCUGGAGGUUCAACUGCCGAAUAUGAAGUUUCAGAGCACAGUCGAAUGAUUAGAGAAAGACAGGAAAAGGUUACGCAAGAAUUUAUGCUGAAGCGCCGUGCUGCUGCUCUUGCAGUUCCUACUAAUGACAUGUCUGUACGAGCUCGUCUCCGCCGUUUGGGUGAACCCAUCACACUUUUUGGGGAAAGGGAAAUGGAAAGAAGGGCUCGUUUGAGGGACCUUAUGGCUAGACUAGAUACUGAAGGGCAAUUGGAGAAGCUAAUGAAAGCUCACGAGGAUGAGGAAGCUGUUUCUUCUUCCGCAAUGGCAGAUGAGGAAGAGGUGGAAAUCCAGUAUCCAUUUUACACAGAAGGCUCCAGAGCAUUGUUGGAAGCUCGAUUAGAUAUUGCUAGAUAUUCUCUUGAAAGGGCAGCUAUACGACUUAAGCGUGUUAAGAGGAAAAGGGAUGAUCCAGAUGAAAAUGUGGAUGCUGAAAUUGAAUUGGCUCUUGAGCAAACUAGUAGCUUGGUCAUGGAUUGCAGUGAAAUUGGAGAUGAUAGACCUCUUUCAGGAUGCUCCUUUUCAAAUGAUGGGACAAUACUAGCUACCUGUGCCUUCAGUGGAGUCGCUAAAUUGUGGAGCAUGCCUCGAUUGGAGAAGCUAACUAAUUUAAAAGGACACACUGAACGUGUAACCGACGUCGUCUUCUCCACCACAGACGCUUAUGUAGCAACUGCCUCUGCUGACCGCACAGCUAAGUUAUGGAACACUGAGGGGACUCUUCUUAGAACAUAUGAAGGCCAUUUGGAUCGCCUUGCUCGUAUUGCCUUCCAUCCAUCAGGUAAGUACUUAGGAACAACUAGUUUUGACAAGACCUGGAGGUUAUGGGAUGUUGAGACUGGAAACGAGCUCCUCCUUCAAGAAGGUCAUAGUAGGAGUGUUUAUGGUCUUGGAUUUCAUCAUGAUGGAUCUCUGGUAGCAUCAUGUGGACUGGAUUCUCUUGUUCGUGUAUGGGAUCUUCGAUCUGGUAGAAGCAUUCUAGUAUUCGAAGGUCAUGUUAAACCGGUUUAUGGUGUGAGUUUUUCUCCGAAUGGCUAUCACUUAGCCAGUGGUGGAGAAGAUAACUCUUGCCGGAUAUGGGAUUUAAGGAAGAGGAAAUCUUUGUACACGAUACCAGCUCAUUCAAAUCUCAUCUCUGAGGUCAAAUUUGAGCCCCAGGAUGGUUACUUCUUGAUGACUGCUUCAUUUGAUAUGACGGCAAAGGUUUGGUCUUCUAAAGAUUUUAAGCCUGUUAAGACGUUAUCUGGUCAUGAAGCAAAAGUAACAUCUCUAGAUGUAGUUGAAGAUGGACAGUGCAUUGCAACUGUUUCGCAUGAUCGGACAAUCAAAUUAUGGUCAAGCAAGAACAACAAUGAAAAAGAUAAAUAUAUGGAGGUUGACUAAUUUUCCGGUUUUGAAGAAUCAUAUUUCUUGUUUUAUGUUAUAUGAUUUUGUAUUCUUCUUGUAUUCAUUUUUUUUUAUUUUUAUUUUUGGAUUUAGUAAGACUUUGUAGCAAGGAAAGAAGAGUUAGAACUUCCUCUUGAUAGUAAUCUAUGUUUGUUUCAUCA